AUGGGCGACGAUAAGUUCGAGUACAAAUCCCUCCCUAUCCCAACAUACGAGGAAGCCACUGCCCAACCUUCCUCCUCCCGGUCCGACCUGGGCGACGGCACCGAUGCCGAACGACAAGGUCUCCUAGGUCGCGAGGCCUCCAACUAUCAACCCCCGACGGUAGAAUCCGAGCGCGGUAGUCUCGAUGACCUCGCUUCUUCCGCAUCGGGCUCGACCCGGGGGUCGACCGAUGAACUACGGAGGGAACUGGAUCAGAUGGACGUCGAUGACUCCGGACAGGGGUCCUCCAGUGGUAGUCGUCCCCGGUUACGACAUCACUUCUCCAAACGGUUCUCCAGUCUCACCCGCACGCUAUCCGCGAUUCAACGACCCCUGCAACGAUACCUCCCGAGCAUGCCCAGCUUCCGUUUCACGAUAAAUCUAAGUGAUACCCGGGCGCGCCUGAAGGACCAUGGCUGUAUUAUGCUAUUGCGGCUAUUUGCAUUGCUGCUGGUUGUUUCCUUGGUUUAUGUCUUCUUUAUCGGAGAUAUCUUCAAUCUGAACAACCGCAUGGUUAUGGGCCAGUCCUACAGUUCGUCGUCGGUGGAGAACUUUAUUCAGGGGCAUAUCAACGAAACCAACAUCGCCGAGAACUUGAAGCUGGUCGCUGGUAAUACUCGUGUCGCAGGAACCGAAGGAAGCUUUGUGCUGGCAGAAUGGAUCGAGCAUGAGUUCUACAAGGCUGGUUUCGAUGAGGUGAAGCGUGAAGAGUUCCAGGUCUACUUGAACUAUCCUCGCGACGACGGUCGCAAGGUGGCAAUCGUGGAUCCGCCUCAUCUAGUUUGGGAGGCCACUCUCGAAGAGAACGGCGCCCAGUACCCCGUGUUCCAUGGACAUUCCAAGUCUGGAAAUGUGACGGGACCUCUAGUGUAUGCCAACUUUGGAUCGCGCGAAGAUUUCAAGCUUCUAGCCGAUAAAGGUAUCUCCGUUAACGGCUCGAUUGCUUUGGUACGAUACUACGGAACUGAAGGUGAUCGGGCACUGAAGAUCAAGGCUGCCGAACUGGCUGGAGCGGUGGGUUGUAUUAUCUAUUCCGAUCCAGCUCAAGACGGCUUUGUGCAAGGUCCUGCAUACCCGAAGGGCCGUUUUAUGCCGUCGGAUGGUGUACAGCGAGGUGGUGUCAGCCUCAUGUCCCAUAUUGUUGGCGACGUUCUCAGCCCGGGUUUUGCGUCUACCCCGGACGAGAAGAAACGAUUGUCCCCAGAAGACAGUCCUGCCUUGGUUAAGAUCCCAAGUUUGCCCAUCGCCUGGCGCGAUGCGCAGCGACUCUUGCAGGCGAUCGAAGGUCAUGGGUCCAAGGUACCGAAGGAAUGGGUCGGCGGAGUGCCCAAAGUCCAAGAAUGGUGGACGGGCGAUAAAAGUUCGCCCACGGUGCACUUGAUGAACCUACAGGAUGAGGUCGAGCGACGACCUAUUUACAACGUUCAUGGAACGAUCAUUGGAUUGGAGGAGCGCGACAAGAAAAUCAUUGUCGGUAACCACCGAGACGCGUGGUGCUUAGGCAGUGUCGAUCCCGGCAGUGGUACUGCCGUCUUCUUGGAAAUCGUGCGAGCCUUUGGCGAGCUGCUCACAUACGGGUGGCGCCCACUUCGGACGAUUGAGUUUGUGAGUUGGGAUGGAGAAGAGUAUAACUUGAUUGGUUCAACCGAGCACGUCGAAAAGGAUAUUGAUAAUCUCCGAGCCAACGGAUACGCCUACCUGAAUGUCGACGUGGGUGUGUCAGGCUCCAAAUUCCGUGCAGCAGGGUCGCCAGUCUUUGAGCGCUCAGUACAUCAGAUCUUGGGCCGUCUCUCCGACCCUUUCGCCAACAAGACGCUAAAGGAACUGUGGGAUGAAGGAGGCCAGCGACUCGAGCCCCUCGGUGCCGGCAGUGACUAUGUCGCGUUUCAGGACAUUGCCGGCACUUCAAGCAUUGAUUUCGGCUUUGAAGGCGAGGCAUACCCUUACCACAGCUGCUACGAAUCAUACGACUGGAUGGAGAAGUUUGGCGAUCCCGGCUUCGUGUACCACAAGCUUCUCGCCCAGUUCUGGUCGCUUCUCUUGUUGGAUGUUUCAGAGAACCCAAUGUUGCCGUUCGACAUGGAAGCCUACGGCAAAUCUGUGACCGGAUGGGUGAAAGACUUGGAUGAAUUUGCCAAGAGCAAGAACGCCGAGGUCGACUUGCAACUCAUGUAUAAUGCUGCUGCGGAGCUCGAGGCAAACACGGCUCGGUUUCAGGCCUGGAAUGAUGUUUGGCACGAUAGUGUCUGGGGCUCUGGUGGAUACGAGAGCAACGUCAUGGCGAUCCAGCGGGUCAAUCACAACGUUCGAAUGGCCCAAUUUGACACUCAUCUCUUGGAUCUAGAAGCGGACGGCGGUAUCCCCAACCGAACCCAAUUCCGCCAUGUCGUCUUCGGUCCAGAACUUUGGUCGGGCUACGAUGCUUCCAUCUUCCCUGCGAUUCGCGACAGUAUCAAUGCCGGGAACUGGACACUCACCCAACACUGGAUUGACCGGGUCGCCAACACCAUUCACUUUGCCAGCAACAAGCUCCUGAAUUAA